AGAGUUACUGUCCAGGGUGGAGUUUAGUAUAAAAACGGCCGGCCACAGUCGAACGGAUAUCAUUCGCAGUUCAGAAUUUGUUGCAAAACGUUAGAACCGAUUCUAGCAACUAUCAUUCGCUAAAAAUGGCCUUCAUCAAAUCCGUUGUGUGCCUGGCUGUCCUAGGAGUUGCCGCUGCCGGAGUUGUCCCGUAUGCCGCUGAAUACAAGGGAGAUUACUACUCCCACCCACAGUACACCUUCAAAUACGGUGUCCAUGACGGUCUGACCGGAGAUGUGAAAUCUCAGGUCGAGAGCCGCGAUGGAGAUGUCGUCAAGGGACAGUACUCGCUGGUUGAGCCCGAUGGUUCCGUGCGUACCGUCGACUACACCGCCGAUGAUGUGAACGGAUUCAACGCUGUCGUUACCAAGUCUGGCCAUUCCGUGCAUGCCCCAGUUGUCCAUACAGCUCAUGCUGCCCAUGCCGUCGUUGCCCAUGCCGCCCCAGCUGUUGUUGCCCAUGCCGCCCCAGCUGUCGUCGCUCAUGCUGCCCCAGCCAUCGUUAAGACUGUUGCUGCCGCUCCGGUUGCUUACGCUCAUGGUCCAUCGGUGUACGACGCGCAUUCUGCUUCAGCCUAUGCCACACAUGUUCCCUCCGUGUAUGCUGCGCAUGCUCCCUCCGUGUACAGUGCCCACGGAUCAGUCUACGGACACGCCUACGCCCCAGCUGCCUAUCACGGAUAUGCUGCCCCAUACUACCACAUUGAAUUAGAACAGCUGCGAAACAUGGUGUCCCGAAGCUGUACUAUGGUGCUACUGGUUGCUCUGGCAAUGUUUGGAUCCAGUGUCUUCGCCAGACCCGGAUAUGCUGUGGAUUAUUAUGAUCACCCCAAAUAUGCCUUCAACUAUGGAGUGGCGGACCACACGACGGGAGAUGUCAAGUCACAGCACGAAACACGUGACGGAGAUGUGGUGAAAGGUCAAUACUCGCUGGUGGAACCGGACGGCUCCGUCCGAACCGUAGACUACACAGCUGAUCCGAUCAAUGGAUUUAAUGCUGUCGUUUCGAAAACCGCUCCCCUGAUCCACCACGUCCCGGUGAAACACGUCAAAGCGUACGUACCUGCGCCGGUUCCAGUGCAUAAGGUCGUUUACGCUCCAGAGCCAGUCGUGCAUGUCAGCAAAACCGCUCACUACGCCGAACAUGAACCCGCCUACAGUCCCUAUGGUGAUUACCAUGACGGAUACUACGGUCACUACGAUGAUAGCCAUUACUACUAAUCGCCUUUUGAGCGGUAAACUAUAGGAGUUGUCAUCUCAGCUUCCUGUCGCCGAGCAAAAUUGUAAUAAUAAAAACAAAAGCAUUGUCCGUCCGCGUCGCGUUGCGAUUAGCUUUAGAAAAAUGCUCCGCUCCCACUCUCCAUACUCUUCCAAAGUGCGGUACAGGUCGAGGUCAUCGCAGAACUCUGCUCUCUAUUUGAACCGCAAAGUGCAACUAUAAGUAGGUACAUAGAUCUAAGAUGUUGAUUUGUACUGUUACGAGUAGGUUAAGCAUUCUACCCCCCACAAAGAACUACUUAAUUCAUAUGUAAAUAUGUAAAACUUUUCUUUAUCUUUCUCAACCUGAUCUCCCCGCCAGUAUCGUCUAUCAAUCUUUGGAUAAUCAACGCAAUUUGCUCGGGGUAAAAAAUAAUUAACUGUAUUUGUGCAUGAGAUCGCUGGUGCGUCUUGAUGGUAAAGAAUCCCGCAAUUGUCCGACCACUCAUUAUUUUCAGAACAUUCUAUUCACAAUUCAUUUAGUACUACACU